AUGCACCAAUCUUUGGAUCUCCAGCUGACGUAUAAGGGUACUCAAAUCCCAUUGUGCGAUAAAUUUAAAUAUUUGGGUGUGACGUUUGACGGCAAAUUAACAUGGAAGCCACAUGUUGAGGACUUGUACAACCGUGCUUCGAAGAGACUCAGUGUCCUUAAACGCCUUGCUGGGGCAAGGUAGGGUUGCACUAGACAAACCCUGCUUCAAACUUAUCAUUCGUUUAUCCUCCCCUUUCUGACUUAUUGCUAUGAACCACUUGUCACGGCCGUAGAAAAUGUACUCUGUACUCUAGAUAAAAUCCAAAAUCAGUGCUUACGAAUUGUUUCUGGAGCCGUGAAGACCACCCCGAUUGACGCCAUGUUUAUGUUAACUGGUGAUAAACCCUUAAGAACCGUAAUUCAAGAGAGGGCCUUAAUUCUCUGGGAAAAGAUCAUUAGAGUUCCUGGAUGUCUUUCACUCUGGAAUGAAGUCAAUCAAGAUCUGACUAGAAAUCUAAAGACCCAGAUGGGCUUUCUACAGAGAGUUUUUCAAUUAAAAAAUUCACUUGGUUUAAUGAAUGAACCAGAAUUACUUGUUCCACUAGAAAAUCCAAUAAAUUCGAAAUCUUUCUGGAUUAAUCUUGACCUGGGUCAAAAAGUAACGAAACGUAAUGCGGAUCCCUCUAUUUUGAGAGCCCUCGCUUUCGAAAUAUUAAAUAUUUUUUACCCUGAGACAGAGUGGCUUCGGAUCUUUACUGAUGGAUCCCUCCUGUCUGAUGGCCCUAAUGCAGGUGCCGGAUUUUCCUCCGAAAUUUUCUCUUUCUACAUCCCUGUGGGCCGAGAUUCUGCGUUUGACUGUGAAAUUGCUGUGAUUCGUACAGCUGUGUACCAGCUACCAUGCCACUUGGAAAACUUCAUAAGAGCUGUUAUACUCUGUAAUUCCCGAGCUGCUCUGUUGGCUAUCGUUUCAGAUAAAAAUCCCAUAUCACAGUAUAUCUUGGAUUGCCGACUUUAUCUACAAAACCUGGCUUCACUUGAAAAAACUAUUGUCCUCCAGUGGGUUCCUGCCCACUGUGGGAUUCCAGGUAACGAGAAAGCCGACUUUCUCGUCCUUUGCCUUUCCAUACUGUUAGGGAUCUUAUUAAAAGAUAUUUCAAAAUACGUGCUCAGGAAGAUCUCUAUCAUCGUGUUUCUCAUAAUUCUUGGAAGAAUGCUAUCCCGAAUUUUUGUAAUCGGCCAAGGCGUAGAGCGGUCGCUAAAUUCCGCCUUGCCACCGGACAUGGCUGCCUACAAUAUCAUCUUCAUAGAUUCAAAAUUGUUCCUUCUCCGAUAUGCACUCUGUGCAGCUCUGGAGAGGUGA